GGAUGUGUGCAUAUGGAAACCAAGAUCUUGGAGGUCACAGUAUCAUUAAUGAUUUUGAGUUGCAAGACUUCAUAGAUGAUGAAAACUUCGACCAGUUCAUCAAUCUUAUUCGUGGAGAAAAUGAAGAUCCAGCAGCUCAAUUUGAUAUCGACCUUAUCACCGGGUCAUGCUUUAAUAACCAGCUGCUUGGUCCAAUUACUGAUCCGGUCGGUUUGUUUGGUUUUGAUCAUAAUACUGCAGUCCUAUGCGAUCCAACUCCUCUUCUUACUACAUUACCGAGUUCUGGGAAAGAAUUGAACGACAUUCAAGAAGAAGAUAAUGAUGAGGAGGACUCGUGUGGGACGACGACAACAACGACCACCACAAACACCACAACUACGACGACUAAGAAGCCAAAGGUUGAUCGGUCGAGAACCUUGGUUUCAGAAAGGAGGAGGAGAGGGAGGAUGAAGGAUAAACUGUAUGCAUUGAGAUCCUUGGUUCCUAACAUCACUAAGAUGGAUAAGGCGUCCAUUAUUGGAGAUGCUGUAAUGUAUGUGCAAGACCUGCAAAAGCAAGCUAAGAAGCUGAAAGGUGAAAUUUCUGGGCUUCAAGCAUCCUUGGAAGGAUCAAGGGAUAUUCAAGGAUCAACCCAAAAUCCAACCAAGAAUAUAUUAGUUGCAGACAAUUACCGUUUACAGACCAAGGAAAUCGUUCAGAUAGAUGUGUCUCAAGUAGAGGAGAAAGGCUUUCAUGUGAAAGUGGGAUGCAACAGAGGAGUAGGGGUGGCCGCAGCACUUUACAGAGCUAUAGAAUCCCUUACAAGCUUCAAUGUUCAGAGUUCAAACUUGAACAUGGUUAAUUCCAAGAUAUUCGAAAUAACACUCAUUUUGAACGUAAAAGAGUGCGAGCAGGAGAUCAUGAACUUACCAAAUUUGAAAUUUUGGGUGACUGGGGCUUUUCUGAACCAGGGUUUUGAAUUAGCCACAGGCUUUUGA